AACGUGGUUCCAACACCAGAAGGGGGGGAAAUCUUGUUGCAUGCGCUUGAAAAAGUUAAGUCACCGCCUCCAGGUAGGAUCUGAAGGAGAGAGGCAAUUGAUUCGUCUCUCACCUCUGCAGCAGCAAUGAAGCCCCGGCAACUCUUAAUCGCCGUGAAAACUUUUACGGGGCCCAGCAAGGCAGGACGGUCGGUCAAGGUGGCCAGAGGCAGCCUGCUGUGCCAAGAGGAUGGCCAUGGGGCAUCGCCAGAUGGAACUUUCUGGGUCAGGGUCAUGGAUACAGAGAAAGUGGUUCUGGUGCCUCCACGGGCAGCCGUGGAACUGACGGGCACCUGUUCUGGACUCCUGGAAGCUGUGACCAACGGAGAUGAGCGCCUUGCGCUGUUCAAGAAGGAGCAGUUGAUGCAGCGACUCAGCGCCCUCCGGGAGGGAGACCAAGUCAGGGUCCAGAUCACUUCCGCCUCCGGGAAUAAAGUUCGAGGCAUCAUUCGAUACCGUGGGCCCAUAGACAAGAGCAAGCACAAUACCAGCAUCAUCUUUGGCGUUGAGCUUGUGGGCUCAGCAGCCGGGAAGGGUUUCACCGACGGCACUUUCAAAGGCCACAAGUUCUUCUCCUGCCGGGAGAACUGCGGAGUCUUUGUACCCGUCAGCCGGAUUGAGCCGGAUGACUUGCCCGAAGGCAGCCCACCAGCGCCCCGGAGAGGCAGCGCCCGGGAAUGCACGCGGAUCCAGCUGACGUCGGGAGAUCCCUUGUCGACUCCGGAACUGGAGAUUGGGGACCGUGUUUUCUUCAAGAUGGAUGACAGCACGCCCACUGGCACGGUGGUGUACUGCGACUACCUCCCCAAGAAACAGGAGACCGGGGUGUUUGUGGGGAUACACUUGGAUAAACCGGUCGGGUCCUGGGAUGGCCUCUUCAGAAACCGCGUCCUGUGCCAUAUCCCGUCUCCAGAGUAUGGGAUGCUCUUGCCCAUCUCUAAAGUGCACAAAGAACAAGCUGACAGAAGGCCUGAGACUUUGCCCAGCAAUUCCUCUUCACCCACCUCACAUGAAUUUGAACAUUGCCCGCCCCCCUCAUCCAUCAAGUACCCCCCCAAACUGGAGGAGUGCUCGCCCAAGGAGCCCCUAAGCUUGGCAUCUUCCAGAGAACUGGGGGACCACAAGACGAAAGACUUGGGAGUUUUGAAGAAGAAGAAAAAUGGGGAGGAGGAGGCGGAGAAAGAAGAAGAUGAGGAGGAGGAAGACGAAGAGGAAGAGGAGGACAAACAGUACAGCCACCACCUCUUGGAGAUCAAUUCCGUGGUGGAGGUGAACGAUCCGCCGAUCUACGGGGUGAUCCGAUGGAUCGGGGAGCCCCCUGAUGAGGAUGAAGCUAUUGCUGGGCUGGAGCUGGAGGAGCCGCUGCCUUCGGGAUGCACGGACGGCCAGUACAGAGGGACCCGUUACUUCCACUGCCAACCCAACAAAGCACUCUUCGUCAAGCUGCGCUACUGCCGCCCCGACUCGCGCUUCGGCUCUCUGCAGAAUCUGGAGAACCCCGUUUUGCGUUGCAACCCCUUGGACUUCCGUGGGUACGCCAGCAGCAGAGUGGAAGAGGACACACCGCCUCCGCCGCUGGGUGACCAGGGCAUGGAGCAUCUCUCGGGAUGGAAGAAGGGGAUCCAAGGUCACUGCAACUCCUGCUACCUGGAUGCCACUCUCUUCUGUAUGUUCACGUUUACCUCAGUGCUGGAUUCGAUGCUGCUGCGCCCAGCAGACAAGAACGAUAGUCCGUCUUACACCGAAACACGGGAUCUGCUGAGAACGGAGAUUGUCAACCCUUUGCGCAAGAAUGGAUAUGUCUGUGCCACCAAAAUUAUGGCCUUGCGGAAGGUUCUGGAGACGGCUGGACAUUCCUCUGGCUUCACCCAUGAAGAAAAAGACCCAGAGGAAUUUCUCACCCUGCUCUUCCGAGUCUUGAAAAUGGAGCCACUCUUCCAGAUUCGCUCUGCUGGUCAGGACCCCCACGGCUGCAUUUUCUACCAGAUAUUUAUUGAGGAUCACCUGACCCGGGCAGUGCCCACGGUUCAGGAGCUUCUGGAGGGGUCUCUGGUCACUGGGGACCUCAAGUUCACAGAGGCCCCCUCUUGCCUCAUCCUGCAGAUGCCGCGGAAUGGGAAGAACUUCAAGGCCUUUCGCACCAUACAGCCCAGCCUGGAACUUGACCUCACUGACCUACUGGAAGACAGCCCUCGAGAGUGCUGCAUUUGCCAAGGGCUGGCUGUGACUGAGUGUCCGGAUUGCUACAGGGACCACAGCUUCGCCGCUCGCCGCAUCAAACAGUUCUGCAAGAUUUGCAGUCAGCAGGUCCACAAACACCGUGCCCGGCGCAGCCACCAACUUCGCCCGCUGCAUCUCCCCGAGGAGCUUUCCCGCUUGGGCUCCUUGCCUGACUUCAUCCCCCGCCAGACCAUGCAGCUCUUCGGCGUCCUUUGCAUCGAGACCAGCCACUAUGUAGCCUUUACCCGCCAUGGCCCAGAUGUCCACCAGUGGCUCUUCUUUGACAGCAUGGCUGACCGUGAGGGUGGGCUGAAUGGCUUUAACAUUCCCCGAGUCACGCCCUGCUCGGAAGUAGCGGACUAUUUGGCAAUGCCCCCCGAAGUACUCCAAGGCCUGGACCCCAAAUCCUUGCCCACAUUUGCCCGCCGGCUUCUUUCUGAUGCCUACAUGUGCUUCUACCACAGCCCUUCCCUUGGCCUGUACAAAUAAUACGUUCCUGGGUGGAAAAUGUGAGGUUUCCAGGAGAUGAAAAUACAGAAUUCUAGGACUCCCAUGCCUGGGCAGGCUAUGCUGUAGAUGUGGCUGGGAACCUGAAUCUCAAACCAGAGUUCUCCAGAUUCCCAGCCCUCAACAAACAGUGUGGAAAUGUGGGCUGCAGCUGCACAGAGCCCACUUCUUGCUUCAGGAACAUUCUCUGUCCUGAUUGGCUUGUAGUAAUCCCUACCUGGAUUGGGUGCAUUGAAACACCGGUUUUUAGAGACU